GUUAUAAAUGAGUGCUUUUCCUCUCCUCCUUUUUUGAAUCUUUUGUUUUUUUCCUGAACAGACAGUCUCAUGGGCCAUACCAGAAGAAAACCAGCAGAGGAGAGAUGUUCAGAAACAGGCCUCCUCCAGAGGAGGAGAGACGGGUCAGAGCCAAUGACAGAGAGUACAAUGAGAAGUUCCAGUACGCGAGUAACUGCAUCACAACAUCGAAGUACAACAUCAUCACUUUUCUGCCUGUCAACCUGUUUGAGCAGUUUCAGGAAGUGGCCAAUACGUACUUUUUGUUCCUGCUCAUAUUACAGUUGAUACCUCAGAUCUCGUCUCUCUCCUGGUUUACCACCAUCGUGCCUUUAGCUCUGGUCCUGAGCAUCACUGCAAUAAAGGACGCUACGGACGACUACUUUCGACACAAAAGCGACAACCAGGUGAACAACCGUCAGUCUCAGGUCCUCAUCCGCGGCUCGAUACAAAAAGAAAAAUGGAUGAAUGUUCGAGUGGGUGACAUUAUAAAGUUGGAAAAUAACCAGUUUGUAGCAGCUGACCUGCUCCUGUUGUCGAGCAGCGAGCCUCACGGACUCUGUUACAUUGAGACCGCUGAGCUGGACGGAGAGACCAAUAUGAAAGUGCGCCAGUCUGUCUCUGUCACGUGUGAACUCGGAGACCCAAACAACCUGGCUGCGUUCAACGGUGAAGUUGUGUGUGAGCCUCCUAACAACAAGCUGGAUCGUUUUUGUGGGACUCUUUACUGGAAGGACAGGAAGUACUCUUUGACCAAUCAGAACAUGCUGCUGCGCGGGUGUGUGCUCCGCAACACUGAGUUCUGCUACGGCCUGGUCAUCUUUGCAGGUCCAGACACAAAGCUAAUGCAGAACAGCGGCCGCACAAAAUUCAAGCGAACAAGCAUCGACCGCCUCAUGAACACUCUGGUCCUCUGGAUCUUUUGCUUUCUGGUGUGCAUGGGUAUGAUCUUGGCUGUGGGUAACGCUGUGUGGGAGAGGGAGGUGGGCUCUCUCUUUCAGAGCUACCUGCCCUGGGACCCACCUGUGGACAGUUUUAUCUUUUCUGCCUUCCUCUCGUUCUGGUCCUACGUCAUCAUCCUGAACACUGUAGUGCCUAUAUCUCUCUAUGUGAGUGUGGAGGUGAUCCGACUCGGACACAGCUACUUCAUAAACUGGGACAGACAGAUGUUUUGUUCACAGUGUAACACGGCAGCAGAGGCCAGGACCACCACUCUGAACGAGGAGCUCGGGCAGGUUGAGUACAUCUUCAGUGACAAGACUGGAACUCUCACCCAAAACAUCAUGACCUUCAAUAAGUGCUCCAUCAACGGACAAACAUACGGGGAAGCUACAGAUCCACUGGGGCCUCAACCAAAAAAACUGGACUUCACUCCUUUCAACUCUCUGGCGGACCCAAACUUCUGUUUCUAUGACGACACGCUCCUAGAGUCUGUCAAAGUGGGCGACUGUUGCACGCAUGAGUUUUUCCGCCUCCUUUCUCUUUGUCACACGGUCAUGAGCGAGGAGAAAAGUGAAGGAGAGCUGGUGUACAAAGCGCAGUCUCCAGAUGAAGGCGCUCUCGUGACCGCAGCCCGUAACUUUGGCUUUGUGUUUCGGUCACGGACCCCUGGGACCAUCAGCACCACAGAGAUGGGGCGUCCUGUCACAUACGCCCUGCUCGCCAUUCUCGACUUCAACAAUAUACGCAAGAGGAUGUCUGUCAUUGUGCGUAACCCUGAGGGGAGGAUCCGUCUGUACUGUAAAGGAGCUGACACUAUGCUGCUGGAGAGACUGCACCCAAGUAACCAGGACCUCAUGAACGUCACCUCAGAUCACCUGAAUGAAUAUGCGGCCGAUGGGCUGAGGACCCUGGCUCUGGCCUAUCGGGACCUGUCUGAGGAGCAGUGGGAGACGUGGUCUGAGAGGCAGCGCAGCGCGGAGAGAGCAUCCGACUGCAGAGAGGAGAGACUGGCUGCAGUGUACGAAGAGAUUGAACAGGACAUGAUGCUCUUAGGUGCCACAGCGAUUGAAGACAAGUUGCAGGAAGGUGUCCCAGAGACUAUAGCUGUCCUUUCUCUGGCCAAUAUCAAAGUCUGGGUCCUCACUGGGGACAAGCAGGAAACUGCAGUGAAUAUCGGCUACUCCUGUAAGAUGCUGACAGACGACAUGGCGGAGGUCUUUAUUAUCAGUGGAAACACAGUACAGUGCGUGCGACAGGAGCUCAGAGCUGCGAGACAGAGGAUGGUGGAGUUGUCCCAAAGCAGAGAAGAAGGAAAAGAAGUGUUUGCAGAGGCCUGUUUUUUGACGCCGGAUUUGAGAGGAGGUCACAGAGAGGUCACAGAAGAAGAAGAGAAAGUGGAACAACAGCCACCGUCUCCAGUGUCUUCAGUGUCUCCAGCGUCUCCAGCUCCUCCACUCAACCUCAUGGACAACAUCUCAGGGGAGUUUGGGCUCGUAAUCAACGGUCACAGUCUGGCCCACGCGUUAGAGGCCGACAUGGAGGCCGAGUUUGUGUCUACAGCUUGUGCGUGCAAAGCUGUGAUCUGCUGCAGAGUGACGCCACUGCAGAAAGCACAAGUGGUGGAGCUCAUCAAGAAGCACAAGAGAGCAGUGACUCUGGCGGUGGGAGACGGCGCCAACGACAUCAGCAUGAUCAAGAGUGCUCAUAUCGGCGUUGGUAUCUCAGGACAGGAGGGAAACCAGGCAGUUUUGGCCAGCGACUAUUCUUUCUCUCAGUUCAGAUUUCUCCAGAGGCUGCUGCUGGUGCACGGCCGCUGGUCCUACCUAAGAAUGUGCCGUUUUCUCUGCUACUUUUUCUAUAAGAACUUUGCCUUCACCAUGGUGCACUUCUGGUUUGGAUUCUUCUGCGGAUUCUCGGCCCAGACAGUUUAUGAUCAGUACUUCAUAACACUAUACAACAUUGUGUACACCUCACUCCCAGUGCUGGCAAUGGGAAUAUUUGAUCAGGACGUCCCGGAUGACAGGAGCCUGGAGUAUCCUAAACUGUAUGAACCUGGUCAGCUCAAUCUCCUGUUCAACAAAAAGGAGUUCUUCAUCUGCAUUGCACAGGGCAUCUACACAUCUGUGGUCCUGUUUUUUGUCCCUUACGCCGUGUUAUCUGAUGCCACCCAAAGCUCCGGGGAGCCUCUCGCUGACUAUCAAACGUUUGCUGUCACCACGGCAACGGCCCUGGUCAUCGUGGUCAGUGUGCAGAUUGCUCUCGACACUGGCUACUGGACCAUUAUAAACCAUGUGUUUAUCUGGGGCUCCUUAGGCCUCUACUUCAGCAUCAUGCUCGCCCUACACAGCCAGACGCUCUUCAGGAUCUUUCCCAAUCAGUUCCACUUUGUAGGUACUGCCCAGAGCACACUGUUGCAGCCAGUCGUGUGGUUAACUAUUGCACUGGCCACUGCAAUCUGCGUAGUUCCAGUUUUGACUUUCCGCUUCCUCAAGCUGGAUCUCAGGCCUCAGCUCUCAGACACGGUUCGCUACACACAGUUGGUCCGUCUGAAGAAGAGGAAGCUGGCUGGUCGCAGUGCAGGGGAGAGGGGCUGGAGAGGGGCCAGUACCAUGUCUGAGGGGCGUCUCGGGGCCCGUAGCGGCUCCCGGAGGUCAGGGUACGCCUUCGCUCAUCAGGAGGGCUUUGGGGAGCUCAUCACCUCAGGGAAGAACAUGCGCCUCUCGUCCCUGGUACUGGGUUCAUUUGGUUCUAAGCACAGCUCCAGUUGGAUCGACACACUGCGCCGUAAGAAGCAUCCGCCCACGCCCACCUGCACCUCCGGCGACUGUAGCCCCGCCCCCAGCUCCAUCUGUGCCUCAGUCCCGCCUCUGUCCAACUCGUCCUCCAUGAUGGGCGGGUCACAGGACACUCCCAUCGAGGAAGAAUCAGACACAGCUACAGUCCAAAGUGUGGCAGUGUCUUUGUCUCCUGAAACCAAUGGGGCUCCUGCAGCACCCCAGGGCCCGGGUCACCCCCACAGCACAGCCCCCUCCUCAGCUGCAGAGAGGAGCCAAGCAGGCCCCCCCGCAGGCUGGACCCUCAGUCUGGGAGCUGUGCAGGAAGCCCUGUUUGGAUGGAGGAACACUGCACCUUGCACCAAUUCUGCCAGUUCUGGUCCAACAUGAUUUCCCAGCUCAAUAAACCAAAGGAAAAUUCUGAAACACUGAUUUUGCAAACCUGAGAGCAACAAAACUAAGCUUACAGUAUAUAUGGAUGGAUAAAUGACAGCUGUAAUAAAAUGUGUUAUUUUCAUGGGUUUUACAAAUGAAAAGCAACAAAAGAGGAGAAUUCUUAGUCACUAUUCGAGAUGCUUUUGAAAACCAUAUACUUUAAAUGUCGCCUUUGAGAUAUAAAAUAGUAUUAGAGUUUAAGAGUUGUAGAGCAAAUAAAAAAAACAUGUAGAUCAUAUAUUCCUGAGCCUGUUUAUGUCAACUAUAGUUCUCAGUGAGAACAAACAUUCUGUUACAGUUUUAGACUUUGUUUUCCUUUGCCUCUUACAUCAUAUUGAUGUGUUUAUUAUGGCUCAACCACCUGCACCUUAAGACUGAUUCAUGUAUUAUAGGCCUACAUAUUAGACACUGAUCAUGUGACAAUAGUUCUGAUUAAAUUUUGGGCCUAUGUCAUUUAUUUGUAUGUAAUUUAUC